GGGCAUAAUGAUCCGAUGACCCUAACCGUAGUUCCACCGUCGUCCUUGACUUCUUGCUCCCUCGCGGCCUCGCCCGUAUGGCCACUCCCCCGCAUGCUACCGCCUCCGGCAAGCCGCGCCACGGGGCAGCGCACAAGUAAUUCUUGGGCCACGGGCACACCGUCCCGGAUGCCACCCGCGCCAGGAAGAUCUAGCCGCCCUCCAUGGCCACGGCCACGGCCACGCCACCGCGGCGGAGGCACGCGGCGACGGGCGCCGCGGCGGGGGAGUGGGCGGCGCUGUCGGCCUCGGGCGAGUGGCGGGCGGAGGCCAUCGGGAAGCACCAGCUGGUGCGGCGGACGGGGCUGUCGGCGCGCGACCUCCGCGCGCUGGACCCGGCGCUGUCGCACCCGUCCAGCGUCAUGGCCCGGGACCGCGCCGUCGUCGUCAACCUGGACCGCGUCCGCGCCGUCAUCACCGCGACCGAGGUGCUUGUCCCCGGGCCGCGUGACCCCUCCGUCGCGCCGCUCGUCGCCGAGCUCCGCACGCGUCUCGCCGCCGCCUCGCCUGCGCCGCCGCGUGCGGUCUCGGACGGAGAGGUAGGGAAGGACGGGGGCGUCUCGCCGCCGAGCGGCGGCGGCGGUGGCAAGGCGCUGCCGUUCGAGUUCAGGGCGCUGGAGGUGUGCCUCGAGUACGCGUGCAAGUCACUCGAACAUGAGACAUCGAUGCUGGAGAAAGAGGCGUACCCAGCGUUAGAUGCACUCACCUCAAGAAUCAGCACUCUCAAUCUUGAGCACGUACGGCAAAUAAAAUGCCGAUUAGUUGCCAUUGCUGGGGGAGUUCAUAAGGUCAGGGAUGAACUCGAACAUCUGCUAGACGACGAUGCUGACAUGGCAGCGAUGCAUCUGUCGGAGAAGGCCGCAUUCCAAGCAGCUAGUCAGUCGUCUAGAUUCGACAUCGGGACAGAACUCGUCGAAAUCGAUGGAGAGGGGGAUGAGGAUGAAGCAGGAACAGAGCAAGAAGAGCAAGGAUCCAUGACCUUCAUGCCGAAGAUUGACGAGCUGGAGAGCUUGCUGGAGGUCUACUUCGUGCAGAUCGAUGGCACCCUGAACAAGCUCUCAACUGUUUCUGCGGGAGUACGUGGACGACACGGAGGACUACAUCAACAUCAUGCUGGACGACAAGCAGAACCAGCUGCUGCAGAUGGGGGUGGUGCUGUCCACGGUCACGCUGCUGGUCACCAGCGCCGUUGUCGUCACCGCCAUCUUCGGCAUGAACAUCCACAUCGCGCUCUACAGGAUCACCGACCUCAACGUCUUCUGGGAGGCCGUCGGCGGCACGCUCGCCGGCGUAGCCAUGCUGUUCCUCGGUGCCAUGCUCUACUACUGGAAGAACGGGAUACUGCGGUGAGCUUCUUCAGCGUGAGCUGCCCGGCGUGCUGUGUUCUUGCUCCUGGCUUCGCUGCGUGCGAGGUGUUAAAUUUGUGCAGAUAAGUUGAGUUCUGGAGAUGAGUAUAUUGUAAGAAUGUGCGCCUUAAUCGGCGGUGGCAGAAUAAUGUCCGAUAGACCUCUCUCUUGCUUACCACUGUAAAUGUUUCUAUGAAAUCUCAACAUGUCAAUGAGAAAACUUGGGCAAGCGUAUCAUAUAUGAAUGAGUUCUUACUUUUU